AUGCAAGCUCCUCCUCCAGCGCUGGUCGAUCCUCCUGUUGAUGUGAUGGCACAAAAUCAGCAUUUACAUAAAGAUCCUGCCCCGAUAAUUCCUGCCGGAUUUCUUCUCUUUGUAGUUGUAUUGAUUAUUGUUCUUCAAUUUCUUGUUCAGUUAUGGAAGAAAUAUCACCGAUAUUCAUUUGUCAUGACUAGCUUCUUUUUAAUGUGGCUUUUUCCAGGAAUAUUUUGUGUGUUUAUAGGAGGAUUAACUCAAUACUCUCGAAUGAUGAUUAUUUGGACAGUCUAUUCGAUAUUUACAAUUUAUUUGGGAUAUUUAUCGUUGCGAAAGGCUUUAUCUCCAAACACCCCAAAGAAAGUCUAUGUAUGGUUUUAUACGGUUUACAAAUUAUCUCAUAUUUCUGUUAUAUUCGGAACUGUUCUUUUGGGAUUAGAAGUGUUCUUUGGAUUGUACUCACUCAUAGUGAAAUAUAUUUUGAUGGACUCUAGUUUUGGAAUAUAUUUAUUUCCAAGUCCGGAAGUAUUAAUUUUCUAUGGACUCUAUUUUGGUGUUUUAGUGAGGGAUUGUGGUGAAUUGUGUUCGAGUGCCAUUAAUGCAUCGCUAGAGGCUGAUAGAAAUAAGUUUUACAUGUCUCAUUCUCAAUUAGAGCAUGUUUGUGGAAUUUGUAAUCAAGAGUUAAGAGUGGACACUAGUUUGGAUUUUGAGAGUGCACAUUCUGGUGAUUCCGAAACUCCUUUCACACGAAGAAUUACUGACGAUGUCACUAUACCUCCAGAAAACAAACGAAAAACAACACAAGAGACCAAGGUUUUAUCCUGUGGACAUAAAUUCCAUGAGUUUUGUGUUUAUGGAUGGUUGAUUAUUGGUAAAAAGAGCACGUGUCCAAUAUGUAAGGAAAAUGUUGACCCAAAGCAACAUGAUUUGCUUCAAAAACAUCCUUGGAAAUCAGACUCAGAGUUCUAUAUUGGAGUUUUGGAUCUUACACGAUACUUCGUCGUGUUCAAUCCAAUCAUUCUCAUCGUGAUUCAACUCGUUGUGAUGAUAUUCUUCAAGAUUUAUCAAUAA